CACCCUGGAGAGAAAAUGGCGGCGGCGGCAGCGGCUUCGGCGCCUCAGCAGCUCUCGGACGAGGAGCUUUUCUCUCAGCUUCGCCGUUACGGCCUGUCUCCUGGCCCAGUGACGGAGAGCACCCGCCCGGUCUACCUCAAGAAGCUGAAGAAGCUUCGCGAGGAAGAGCAGCAGCAGCACCGGUCUGGGGGCCGCGGCAACAAGACGCGGAACAGUAAUAACAAUAACACGGCAGCCGCCGCGGGACCGGCUUCGGCGGCCGUUGGGAUGGGGGUCCGGCCCGUCUCGGGAGACCUCCCCCACUUUCGGACUCCUGGGGGCCUGGGCCGAAUCUCGGCCUCCGGCCCGGAGAGCCCCCUGGGAGGGCCCGGGGGCGCCCCGGCCGCCCCCACGGCGGGCAGCAAAGUGCUGCUGGGCUUCAGCUCGGACGAGUCGGACGUGGAGGCCAGUCCGCGGGACCAGGCCGGCGGCGGCGGCGGCGGCAGGAAGGACCGGGCUGCGCUCCAGUACCGCGGGCUCAAACCGCCGUCGGCGCCCCUGGCCGCCAGCGAGGUGACUAACAGCGCCCCGGCCGAGCGGAGGAAGCCCCACUCGUGGUGGGGGGCCAGGAGGCCGGCGGCCGCCGAGCCGCAGACCCCGUCGGGGAGAGACGCGGCCGCGGAGGGCGAGGGCGAGGAGGGAGAAGCCCGGGAGGACAGGGACCCGGAGGCCGACGAGCCGCUGUGGUCGAGCCGGACCAUGAAUGGCAGCCGGCUUCUGUCCUACAGCUGCCGGGACAACUACUCGGACUCGGAGGAAGAGGGGGACGUCGACGCGGCCCCCGGCCGACAGGCACCGAAGGACGACUCCCUCUCCCGGCAUCGGCCCCGACGGAGCCAUGCUAAGCCUCUCCCGCCGCCGGCUGCGAGAGCGGCGGGCGGCCGGCCGGAGCCCUCGGUUCAGGGCGGGGGAGGACUCUCGAUGAAUGACAGGGCGGCGGCCGCGGGGAGUCUAGACAGGAGUCGAAACCUCGAGGAGUCGGCGGCGGCGGCGGCGGAGCGGGGAGCAGGGUGUGAUGCCCUGGACUCCAGCCCGGUUCCUCGAUACCGCGUUAACGCCAAGAAGCUGGCCCCUCUCCUGCCCCCGCCCCUGACGGACAUGGACGCAACCUUGGAGUCGUCCACGGGCUCUCUUCUGAAAACCAACAACCACGUCGGCGGCGGGGCCUUCAGUGUGGACUCCCCCAGGAUUUUUUCCAACAGCCUCCCUCCCAGUGCGGCGGUGGCCGCCCCCGGUUCACUCAGGAUCAAUCACUCCAAUCACACGGGCUCCAAUCACACCUACCUGAAAAACACCUACACCAAACCGAAGCUUUCCGAACCCGAGGAAGAACUUCUCCAGCAAUUUAAACGGGAGGAGGUGUCCCCCACCGGGGGUUUCAGUGCCCACUACUUGUCGAUGUUUCUCUUAACUGCUGCCUGCUUGUUUUUCCUAAUAUUGGGACUGACUUACCUAGGAAUGAGAGGGACGGGCGCGUCCGAGGAUGGAGGACUCAGCAUAAAAAACCCCUUUGAUGAAACAUUUGGAAAAAUACAAGAAAGUGAAAAAAAUCUUAUGAUGAACACUUUAUACAAGCUUCAUGAUCGAUUGGCACAGCUUGCAGGAGAUCAUGAAUGUGGCAGUUCUAGUCAGAGAACACUUUCUGUCCAAGAGGCAGCUGCAUAUUUAAAAGAUUUAGGUCCUGAAUAUGAACAUAUAUUUAACAUCUCAUUACAGUGGAUUUUUGAAAAUGGAAAAGAUGUUGGAAUAAGGUGUGUCGGUUAUGGCCCUGAUGAACAAUUAACAAAUAUAACUGAUGUGCAGUUUUUACAAUCCACAAGACCACAGAUGUCUUUUUGGUGUCGUUUUCGACGUGCUUUUGUUACUGUCACCCACAGGUUAUUGUUGUUAUGCUUAGGUGUAGUGAUGGUUUGUGUUGUUCUGCGUUACAUGAAAUAUCGCUGGACUAAAGAGGAAGAGGAAACCAGACAGAUGUAUGAUAUGGUGGUAAAGAUUAUAGAUGUUUUACGAAGUCAUAAUGAAGCUUGCCAGGAAAACAAAGAUUUACAACCUUUCAUGCCUAUUCCACAUGUUCGAGAUUCCUUAAUACAGCCUCAUGACAGGAAAAAAAUGAAGAAAGUCUGGGAUAGAGCUGUUGACUUCCUUGCUGCUAACGAGUCUAGAGUUCGCACAGAAACACGAAGAAUAGGUGGUGCGGAUUUUCUAGUUUGGCGGUGGAUCCAGCCUUCUGCAUCCUGUGACAAAAUAUUAGUAAUACCUUCUAAAGUAUGGCAAGGUCAAGCAUUUCAUUUAGAUAGAAGAAAUUCACCACCAAAUAGUUUGACACCGUGUCUCAAGAUUCGAAAUAUGUUUGAUCCAGUUAUGGAAAUAGGGGAUCAGUGGCAUUUGGCAAUUCAAGAAGCAAUUUUAGAAAAAUGCAGUGAUAAUGAUGGCAUUGUUCAUAUUGCAGUAGACAAAAAUUCCCGUGAGGGUUGUGUAUAUGUUAAAUGUCUGUCUCCAGAAUAUGCUGGAAAAGCUUUUAAGGCAUUGCAUGGCUCUUGGUUUGAUGGGAAAUUGGUUACAGUAAAAUAUUUACGACUAGAUAGAUAUCACCAUCGCUUUCCCCAUGCUCUUACUUGCAACACUCCCUUGAAGCCAUCAAAUAAACAUAUGAACUCUAUGUCUCAUCUUCGUCUGCGGACUGGCCUAGCCAAUUCUCAAGGAGGUUCCUGAAAAGACUUUCUUCCACUCCUAGGACUGUUAUUUACAAUAGGAAAAUUCCUGUUUGGCUUCCUGUCUUCCUUUUAAAAUGCUUUUUGUAUGUAAUAUUUUUAUUGAAUACAGCUCUGUUUGAACGUUCCAGAAAUCUUAAGGUUCCAAAGGGACUUAGCAGUGAAGCAGCAAUGCUGAGUAGAUAAAAAUUGUUUCAUUCAGUUUUUUGGAGCUCAUUUAAGCCAAUGCAUUUAAAGUUUUGCAUGAGGAACAUUGCUUUAUUACAUAUUUUCGGAUGUGGUGGUGGUAUUUUUGCACCAAGAAGUGUUUUGAUAACCACACAAAAGCAUGGUGAAGAGGCUUCUUGUAUUUCCAUAAUAUCCUGUGAACUAAUGUUGUGAAUUCUUGUAUACAGUAACCUGCAUAGUUCCUUACAGGCUAAUGUGGUAAAACUGUUAAUUUCUUAAUUUAACUUUAGGUUUCUAUUGCUUAUAAGAGAUUCAUUUACUACAGCUGGAAUAUGGGAAAACUAAUUUGGGUCUAGUGGUUACAUAUAAAUAUAAGUGGAUGUAUAUGUACUUAAACUGGCUUUUGUAUAUAUGUAUAAAUGCUGGUGGUGGCGAAAGUAGUCUCGUUUUGUGAGGAUGUCUGCAUUAAAGCAGUAAAAUAAGCUUCCUAUUUUAUUCAUAAAGUGUAUAUAUAUGUGUGUAUGUGUAUAUAUGUGUGUAUGUGUAUAUAUAUAUAUAUGUAUGUGUGUAUUGUAUAUAUACACACACAUAUAUGCAUAUGGCUGUACUAUCACAUAGAUCAAACAGCCAAACACCUUGGAAGUAUUAGAUACAAGUUUCAAAUAUCUUUUAUAGGUUUUAUAUAAAAAUGUCUUGAGUAUGAUUUUGUGUGAAAGUUUCGAUACCAGUUGUAAUGGAUUCAAAUUUAUGUGAGCAAUAAAUAAGCAAUUGGCAGAUGUUGGAAAA